AUGGUCAAAAACCUAACUGAGGCCUUGGAGCAGGCCGCAGACUUCGCCACGCAGCCCAAUCUCUUCACUGUGUUCGUCGACAGGUUGACCUCUUCCAUCUGCUCGCCAGUCUCAGGUGGAGUAGAAAUGAUUGUGCAAAAAGUGAAUCUGACAGACGAUGCCCAGGACGACAAGCAGGUUCAGCAGCUAUCCGAUGCCGUGUUGACACUAUUCGACGUCCAACUGACGGGUCUCCAGAUUUGGCGCCAAAAUUUGCACCUGGGUGGUCCCGAUGAGAAGAAUCGCUUCGACACCUACAGCGGAAUCUACGACAGCCUGGUACUCAAUGCCAGUCGGAAGUUCGGUUUCAGUGUAGACCACAUAAAACAACGGUUACCACUUGGCCCAACGGAUCCAAGAUCGUCUCUGGAACUGUUCGGGUAA